AUGGUGCAGCUGUCCCAGAGCCCGCCCCCUCCCUCCUGUCACCGUGGCGACACCAGUCCGAGGGCGGAGCCUGAAGUGGAGGAGGCGGAGCAUACAGAGACGUACCCCGAAUACGAGCGCUACAUCGAGAACGGCCUCAUCUGCCUCAAACACAAAGUCCGCAACCUGGAGAAGAAGAAGAUCAAACUGGAGGAAUACAGACUGAAGCUGAACCAUGGGGCACAGCUGAACCCGGACCAGAUGGCCUCGUUGCUGAAAUACGAGGAGGUGACUCAUCAUUUGUCCUUUGCUCUGGAGCUGCAACACAAACUGGAUGCACUGACGCACAACCUGCUGCGCGCUCAGAGGAAGGCGCAGAGGAAGCAGCAGGUGGCGCUCUCGCACUCGCAGCGAUCUCGUCUGUCCACCGUCCUCCACAUGCAGCAGGUCCUCCUUGCUCUGGACCGAGACCAGGUCCAGACCGAUCUGGUUUCAGGACUUCACCAGGCCCCGAGAGUCCAGGUGCAGACCCUGCACCAGCUGGACCAGCUGCGCCCCCUGCUGGGAGUGACACGCGACUACAGCCUGAGUCUGACAGCGCAGAUGCAGCGAGCAGCAGGACUCUUCAUGGACCUGCUGGACGCCAAAGACAAACCAGUGAUCGGCUCCACCUUCAAGAGUUUGAAGGAGGAGCUGAGUGUCCUGUUGGACAGUCCCUACUUCAGCUCUCUGCCUCCAGAGGAGAAACCAUGUGACCAGAAGACCCCAGAGGAGAAACCAUGUGACCAGAAGACCCCAGAGGAGAAACCAUGUGACAAGAAGACCCCUGAGACCACAGAGGCUUCUGCUGUCGUGUCAGCCUCAAAGAGCAGCUCUGAGCAGGAGUCAGAGAAACUCUCAGCCCAAACCUGGGACUUGGACUUGGACGCUGAGCCUCCAGACCACUGGGACUCUGAGCUGCCUGAGCAGAGGCUCUGGAGGGGAGGGGCUGCGCUGGUGCCAAAGAACCAGGGGGGAGGGAGGGGGGAGGGGGAGGGCCGGCGGAAGGAGAAGAAAGUUCGGAGAGAAGAGUCUUUCAAACCUGUCCCUGUGGAGCUGCGGUCUCUUCCCACAGACUCAAAGCUGCGUCGACAGCGACUGGAGGAACUGCUGAGCCUCAACACAGCCUUCAGCUUCAUGCAGGACUCUGUGUUGGAGGGGAGCGGCUCCCCCUGCAGGCCGCACCAGAGACUGCACACACAAGCCUCCACCUGCCCCUCCUCUCUGGCUCCGUCUGACCCCAGGAGCCCACUGCCCACCACCCAUUCCACCCCGCUCCCUCCCAGACGCCUGGAGCCCAAAGACCUCCCCCACGGAGACACCCAAGACCUCCCCCACGGAGACACCCAAGACCUCCCCCACGGAGACACCCAAGACCUCCCCCACGGAGACACCCAAGACCUCCCCCACGGAGACACCCAAGACCUGCAGCGUCCCAAAGACCUCCCUCAGAGUCCUCUCCUGGUCCGGCUGAAGUCUCCUGUUGCACAGACCUUCAUCACACCACCGUCCAGGAGACCUCUGCCCUCGGCUCACUUCAACAUGAACGCGGUGAUUAAAGUGAAGCACACACUGCCCCCUGCUGGAUUCUGCAGUUCGUCACAGGAAGUCACAGCUGCUGUCAGCGUCAGCACACAGACCCCACCAGAGUUCUGCCCCCCAGAGGACGACAUGGUUUAUGCAGAUUACGACGCUGGCAGCUUCCUGUCUCCGAGCCAAUCAGGAGGAAGACCCGCCCACUAUCACCAACCUGGGAGAGGAAGUCCACAUCUGCAGGAACCUGGAACCUUCUACAGCUCCAGAGUGAGUCCCUGGUCCUCAAAGGAGGGGGAGGCAGGGGGGAGGCAGGGGGAGGCAGGGGGGAGGAGGGGGGAGGAGGGGGGAGGCAGGGGGAGGAGGGGGGAGGAGGGGGGAGGAGGAGGGGGAGGCAGGGGGGAGGAGGGGGGAGGCAGGGGGGAGGCAGGGAGGAGGAGGGGGAGGCAGGGGGAGGAGGGGGGAGGCAGGGGGGAGGCAGGGGGGAGGCAGGGGGGAGGAGGGAGAUCUGCUCCAGGACAGACCUCAGUUCCUUUUUGA